AUGGCCACCCGCCCGCCGUGCCUGUGGCUGUGCCUGGCCGGGCUGCUGAGCCUGCGGGCGGCCAGGGCCCUGCCCCUGCGCCCCGGCCCGCGGGACGCCGUGCUGGCCGCGGCCCUGCAGCGCCUGCGGGAGCUCUUCGACAUCGAGGAGCUGCCGCCCGACGUGCUGCCCCGCAAGAAGCCGCCCCGGUUCAUGGUGGAUCUCUUCGACAAGGUGGCCGACGCCAACGGCAUCACCCGCGCCCCGGGGCUGCUGCAGGGCGACGUGGUGCGCAGCUUCGAGGACCGAGUUCACGCGGACCACCACCACUUCUCCUUCGACAUCAGCGCGAUGGAGAAGGGCGAGCAGAUGCUGAAAGCCGAGUUCAGGGUCUUCAAGCUUAAGAGGACACACCGGUCCAGAAGGUCCGACACGCAGCACUUCUGCAAAGUGGAAGUGUAUGAGCUCUUGGAGAGUGAAAAUAAGCCACAUAGAAAACAUCUCAUUGCAUCAAGACUAUUGUCCCUCUACACGGAAGGCUGGGAAGUCUUCAAUGUCACACAGACAGUUUCCAAGUGGCUUGGAAACAGCAGCUCCAACCAUGGCUUUUGGAUAACUGCGACACAUGUUUCCAACAAUGAAAUGGAGCACGACGUGGUUACAUUUGCCAAGAGCCAGAGUGCUCUGCAGGAGAGCAGAAAUGCCCUCCUGGUCCUCUUCACGAACAGUAACAAACGGAGGUCUCACAGCUUUGUACCCUCUGCUACAAAAUCGGAAACAACCCCUGCCAAAUCUGAUGCUUCUCGUGUUUCUCAUGACACUGCUGUCAUGGAAAGCAGCAGCGCUAGCAUGAGCAGGAGACCCCGAGCCGCCGCAGCCGCUGAUGGAAGCACAUUAGCAGCUUGUCACCGAAGGGAGCUCUAUGUAGACUUCCAUGCUAUUGGCUGGUCAGGGUGGAUCAUUUACCCAAGUGGAUACAAUGCAUUUUAUUGCAGAGGAUCCUGCAUCUUCCCUUUGGGGGAAAGUCUAAAUGCAACAAACCAUGCUACAGUUCAGUCCAUUGUUUAUACACUGAAAUUGUCUCAAGAUGUCAGCAUGCCCUGCUGUGUACCAGAUGAAUUGAAGUCCCUCAAUCUUCUCUACUUUGAUGACAAACAGAAUGUCAUCCUUAAAAAUUAUGAAGAUAUGGUGGCAACAAGGUGUGGUUGUCAUUAG